GGCUAAGCUGAUCGGAGGAGAUAACAAAGUGAAAUGAGUCACACAUCCCCACGACCUAUUUUAUCGCGCGCAGAAGAGCACGCAGGAAGAUGUGAGUGAACGAAUGAACGGCCGAGUGAAGUGAGUGAGUAUAAGAAGUAACGCAGACGCACUCAUAUCCGUCUGACUCUGCUAUAUGGACAAGAGGAAAGAAAGCGCUCAAACAGCUCAAAAGGUCUUUAAACUCGUUGACGCCAAGCAAGAUAGUCCUAAUAGUUCGCCAACAUGCUAUUAUAAACUUUACGUCGGAAAUGAUAGUACCUAAUCAAGAUUGCGAGUCACGGUAUUUUGCGGUAGAAGUUGGUGGAGGAUGGAAGAAAGGUUAAGGAAGACGCUUCAGACGCCUUAGUUUGCCAGCAAUUUGCUUCAAGAAUAUCAUAGUGAUUGAAGGUGCGCAUUUGUAGUAAAAAAAAUCACACACUACAAUAAUAAAACAAAACAAUUUUUUUAAAAAUGCGCAAUUAUUAUAUGCAACACCAGAUGAGAAAUGAAGCUGCUGUUGUUGUUGGAGUCUCGUCAUAUUGUCUGUACUUUUCAUACUCUAUUAUCAUCGUCAUCAUUGUUAUAACUUUUAUGAACAGGGAAUUCGGCGAUACUCGCGAUUUAUUAGCGCCUGACUGACCGUCAAAGUAAAUGAGUCAUUCAGUUAGCAGCAGAGUAGCCAGCUUCGUUUCGUGUUAUUGUUUUUAAUGAAGAGAAGUAACACGAACUCUGUUUAUGCGAGCGGAUAUGUGGCGAUAAGAUGACCCUCGAACAACAAAAAGCCAUUCGACCAUUACUUUUAUAGAUGAUUUCAUGCUAACGCGCUUGUCUUCCGAGUGAAGACAAAUAUGCAUAGCAAUGGAUCCAACUCGAGGCGUGGCAGCUAUUGUCACGGCGGCACAGAAACAAGUGAGUGGCUGUUAUCAACGGGGCAGCAGGCUGUCACCAUGAAUAAUAUGAAAUCUAGACAAUUUUCAAUAUACUCGUAUCUGUCGAAGCCAGUGAACGCGCUGUACGCGUCAACAUCGGAUUCUAUUUAGAUGCGCAAGAAAACGAGCGUGGAGGCAAACGCGGACGUUGCGUGACGAAGUACGUCCGCCGCUGUCCUUACAGUGAUCGUUUGUGCCACUUGUCGGACAGUCGACGGGAUGAUUAUUCAUUUCAUACGUACACAACGCUUGUCUGUGCACUGACUUUGACGUAACGUGAACCUUUAUGUACAUUUUACAUAUACUCUGUGUUGUUUAUAUCUGUGACGCAGAUGGCUUGUCAAUCUAAUUGGUUCUUCUUUAUUGACAAAAGCAGCAGGGGGUAACAUGACAAGCGUGACAGGACUUGGUCGGACUCGCAAGCGCGCAAUCGCCCGCCGACGAAGUCUUGAAGACAAUACGUUUAUUCGUUCGUGCCCGCACAAAAGCAGCCAAACAGCUGAUCAGCUACAGAAAGUGGUACAUAUCGAACGGCGCGUCGUGGUUACAGAGAAUAAUUACGCACUGCAUAUGAUGCCGUCGCUUAGCUAUCGUCCGUGAACUUAGACGAACUUGACAGCCGUUGCUAAAUUACACUGAGGUGACGACCGAAUCACUGAAAUCCACUGUCCGCAUACGGAUUUAGUGUUACCGAUGUUCCAUGCAAAUUCGUGCAGUAACUUGUGACUAGUUCGGUGGACAUACUUAACAGAUAAACGAUUAGAGGAGUGCGACCAAACAUAAACAAGUUCUAUUUCAGUGACAACACGUGAGUGUUAAGAACGUUCUUGUAGUCUUGCGUCCAUAUACAGUAGAGUAGUCAAACAUCAACGAAAUUUUACGCAGACCAGAUAUCUUCCGGCUGCUACUUACCCAAACACUACAAAGCAGUGCUAAAAAAGUGAGUGGAAGUGAACGACGGAAUUGAGCUGAUGCGUGAAUGUCGAAUCUAAUACAUCAUAGCCUGUCUCUGUUCCUCUUGAAGAGUGUUCAUUGUCCACAAACGGAAGUUGUUCGCCCUUUGCUGUUGUGACGGCGGAGGAAGUCCGCUAAACUUGCCAUCUCCAGUUAUCUAUAUAUACAGCAGAAAUUGCCGCAAGACAAAACCAUCCUUCGACACUCUCUUUAGAGGAUCUACAGCUCGCAAGACAUUUCCGGAGUUUUUUUUCGAUCCAUUUGACGUAAAGGCUAUCCUUGUAAAGCGAAAGGGCUCUUCCCCAUAAAACCUAUGAAAUAACGAAAUACUAUGUAGUCGAGAAAAACGAAGCAGUAACGUACUUAUUAAAAGUUAUUCGAACAAAGAACAUUACAGGGCGGUUACAUUUAAAAUCAUAGAUGUCGACCCGAAUCCACUGAGUAAAGCCUACGAAUAUGAGAUACAGUUUGUACCGAUGCAAUGGCAACGUGCCGGUCCCUCAAUCAAUCUACAGCGCCAUCAAGCAUCCCAAACUGAAAGCAGUGUUGACCCACCACGAAACACAUCGCGGCUGCAACGGUCAAAAAAACCCGAAGCAGGCAAGGGCAAUCAAGAUGGCAGACGAAAGCAUUCAAUAUCUGUAUAUAAAGGCUCGUCGAUGCAUCGAUGUGGAUCACGCCUCUGACCCUAUUCGUGAGCCUUUCAAAAGCUUGUACGCCGCUAGUGAGCACCUCGGCAGUGCACUCAAUAGUCUAAAAAAUCGAGGAGACCAGACGGAGCAAACCCAGCUGGCUGCAGCUCAAAUCCUAUACGAAAUGGCUGUAAUCGAAGCUGACACUGAGGAGGCGGGCGGUGGCGUGAAAAAACUUCAAGAAGCAUUGGACUCCUUGCCUUCACUUUCGAAUGAAGCUUCGGCCUCUGUAUCAAGAGCCAUUCUUCAUUUGUCAAUUCUUAAUCAACUUGCUAUUGUCGACUCAGUAAGAAACAUGCUGGAAGAGGCCCUCCAGAAGCUCAAGGCUGCUGAAAAGAUCUAUAAUACUCUAAACGAAAAAUAUAAGACCGAAGCUGAAUUGGACAGUGUACCUCACCACCUUGAAUUUCUGCUGGGAAAAGAACCUCUUCCCCAGCGAGCCAAGUAUUCUUCAUGGAUUGAGGAAGAAGGAACGAAAACCAAGUAUUAUUUGGCUCAGUGCUAUCAACAUCUUGGCGAAAAGGAAACCGCUGCAAUCUACUGCCAUCUGACCUUGAAGAAGCAGCUAAAAUGUAGAGAUUUUCUUUCUUUUUUCGACCCGAUCGACUGGGCGGUCAACGCUGCCACUCUCAGUCAAUUCUUUCUCUACAGGGACAAUUUUCCGUUGGCACUUCACUUGCUCGCAUGCGCGGACCACAUGUUGAACGAAACACGCAAAAAGGCCACAGUUGAUGACGAGGAAAAGCUUUCUUGGCGUGCAGCCGAUGUCGCCCGCUGUUGGAUAAAGUAUGGCGUAGUUAUCCUCGAAGCUUCGAAGAAUCUGAAACGAGAUUACGAGGACGGCAAACCUGUGGAGGUCACUCCGGCGCCACCGCUUCCGACAAAGCUUAUCGACCACGAUGAUGUCGUUGCUGCCGAAAAGGAAUGGAGGGUUGAGCCCGCCAAAACCUUUGAAGAAGCUAGAGAGGUGUUUCUCGCAGCUCAGAGGAAGGUGGCUGAGGCCACAUCGUAUUACAGCUUAAAGGACCGGGCAUCUGACUACGUGUUAGUAACCCAGGACUCAUCAAAGCUGUACCGAGAUUUGGCUGCUUUAGAGCCAUCAGCUGACCGGAAAUGUAAAAUGCAUAAGAGGCGUAUCGAUAUGCUGGAAGAAAUGGCCGGAACUUUAAAUCCAAAAUACUACUCUGCGGAAAUGCAGCAAAUUCACUUUGAGCUUGGUGAGGUAUAUACCGAAAUGAUGGAGAUAAAGUAUUCAGUAUUGCCAAAAGGUAUGCUGAAACCUAGAGAUGGCCCUGUCAACAAAAUCAAUGGGUUUAUCCGUAAUGCAAUAGCGCACUAUCAGAUGUUUUUGGACUUGAUUAAGGAUUUUGUAGUGGACGGAACUGAAGGUUCAGAUGGAAUCUUUAAGAUCGAAGAUUCAUACGUACGGCCUGCUCUCGUAGCGCGCUUUUCCAUCGGUCGUCUGUUUUCCAAAUACAUCGUAGGACAUCCUCGUGAAAAUCUAGAGAACCUUGAAAAAUGCAAGAAAUACUACGAACAGGUUGAAGCCUACGUCAAGAAGUACCCAGAGCACGAGCAUCUCAUUUCCGGCGAGGCGGAGGUGAUGCGAGAGCUAAUGGCAGUUUUGCCACAGACAAUCCAAAAUUUGAUUAGCAGCACGAUAUACUAACUAACUCAUAUAUAAUAUGGAACAAUAACUAAUGUUUUUUUCUUGUUCAUCUCUGUAGACGCGGGUAUCAAGACUAAUAAAGUUGUCGUUCAAAGACACCUGGUUAGAAAUAAAUUUAAUAAAUCAAUAAAGCCUACGAUACGGA